GAGCGCCGCUCCUUCGCUCAAAGCGGGGCUCGGACGCCGCGCGCACACGCCGAUCAACUCAGUGGAUGGACCCCCCCCGCAGCUGCGCCUGCACGUUCCAGACCCAGCAUGCCUCAGAAAGGAUGGAGCCCGUAGGGCAUGUGAGACCACCACUCUGUUCUCGCCUGGCCCCCUGGGUCCCACAUUUGGACUGGUUCAGCUUGCCCAGCUCUCAGAGCUCACAGUAGUGGUGGGCAGGACAACGAAGUCUGGCCAAAAUGCUUGGACGGAGAUCCCAGUUGCACCUGGUACUGUUGAACUCACUGACAUGCGGGCUGGAGAUCUGCGUGGCAGCAGGGAUCACCUAUGUGCCUCCGCUCCUGCUGAAGGCGGGGGUAGAGGAACGGUACAUGACCAUGGUCUUAGGUAUCGGGCCGGUUCUAGGCCUGCUCUUCAUCCCGCUGAUUGGCUCAGCUAGUGAUCGCUGCACCAGCAGAUAUGGCCGCCGUCGACCCUUCAUCUGGCUACUGUCGUUGGGUGUGCUGCUCUCCCUCCUCAUCAUUCCCCAUGCUGAUGUCUUGGCCACCCACUGGGGUAGGGGAGGGCACCCCCUGCAGGUGGGCGUUCUCAUCCUGGGUGUGGCUCUGCUGGACUUCUGCGGCCAGGUUUGCUUCACGCCGCUGGAGGCGCUGCUCUCGGACUUGUAUGGCAGCGAGGAGGAGGAGGCAUGCAGCCAGGCCUUCGCUAUGUUCUCUUUCAUGGUGAGCCUAGGCGGCUGUGUGGGAUACUUGCUACCGGCACUCGACUGGAGCAGUGGCCCGCUGUCGCUCUACCUGGGUGGCCAAGAGGAGUGUCUCUUCACCCUGCUCAUCCUUAUCUUCGUUCCCAGUGUCCUAAUCACCAUGAAGGUAUCUGAGGAGCCAUCCCAUGGUGCACUCUUGCUCGCCCCAGAGCGCAGCUCCCUGGAGGUGGUGUAUUCCUGCUUCCCCUCGCGCCGGUGCUGGGCACGCCUGUGGCGACCCAGCCUGCCACCUUGCCUCCUGCGCACCUGCUGGUCAUUAACGCCCACUGUCUACCGCAGCUAUUACCAGGUGCCACGUGUCAUGCGCCAGCUCUGUGCAGCACAACUCUGCAGCUGGAUGGCUGUCAUGUCGUUCAUGCUUUUCUACACAGACUUUGUUGGGGAGGGGCUCUACGAGGGGGUGCCCAGUGCAGCCCCUGGGACAGUUUCCAGGCAGCGCUAUGAAGAAGGGGUCCGUAUGGGGAGUCUGGGCCUGUUUCUACAGUGUGCCACCUCUACCAUCUUUUCCUUGGGAAUGAGUCGGCUUGUGCACCGCUUUGGCUCCCGCUGUGUCUACCUGGGCAGUGUAGUGAGCUUCACCAUAUGCACCCUGGUCAUCUGCUUGUCCAAGAGCAUUGUGCUGGUCACCACCAUGUCAGCCCUCACCGGUUUCUCCUACGCCACUUUGCAGAUGCUCCCCUAUGCCCUCACCUGCCACUACCACAAGGAGCAGGAGAGACACAUGCCAAAAAAGAAAACCAAAAAUUUGCAUAGCAAUGGGGUCACAAUCAUACAGGAGCCAGCACAUCUGGACACUGAGGAAGUGGACGAAUUCCAGCUUCAAAAACUGAGCACAGGGUAUAAGUAUAGCUACACCCAGUUAAACGACUAUAAUGGAUCAACGAGAGGAUCCCCCAUGCCUGAUGACCAAGUGAAACGUGGUGUGGGUCUGGACUUUGCCAUCCUAGACAGCACAUUCCUCCUGUCACAAGUCUUCCCCACACUCUUCAUGGGCAUGAUCGUCCAGUUCACAGAGUCUGUCACCACAUACAUCGCCUGCUCAAGCCUCAUUGGCUUUGUAGCAAUCUACAUGGCCAACCAUGUUGUCUUUGAUCAGAAGGACUUCAAAGGCUAAGCAAAUUGGAUAUCAGCAACUGGACACCAGCAUUCUUUGUGUUCCCUCCUUGGUUAGCCAGCAAUGCAAGCCAUUCUUUGGCAAAAGGUAGUUUAUUUAUUGAGAUAUGUUGAUUGUCUUUUGUGUUUCAAUCCUUGAUUGUCUACCUACAUUUAGAUUACAUUUAUUCAUUUAGCAGAUGCUUUUCUCCUAAGCGACAUACAUCUCAGAGAAAAUACAAUUUGUUCAUUACCUAAAGCUCAUUUGAGAUUAACAGUAUGAUAAGUGCCACUUUGUGAAGGGUAUCUGUGCAUAUGAAAGUUCUCCAGGUGCUGUCCUUAUACCCUUGUACUUGAGCUUGCUUCUGCAUGACCAGGUGUGACGCAGUAGCUAUAUAGAAAUGGCUUGUCUAGAUGUGAGCGUGAUCUUCCAGGAUCUCUCAAAAAUCCAUUAAGAAACAAGUCAGCCAUUGAAAUGUGAUUUGGGCCUUAAUCACCUAUGAGAAUGCCAUAGUUUACCCUAUCAUACACAUUCAAAGUGUAAUGAUCCAAAACCAUCAGUCUUGUUCCCGAACAAGAAAAACUGUUUUACAUUUACAUUUAUUCAUUUAGCAGAUGCUUUUCUCCAACGUGACAUACAUCUCAUACAUCUCAUAGUUUUCUGGCUGAUUGUUGCUGUACCAUUUCGCUCUAGCACAAUGGAACAGCACCGGGUCACAGCAACAUACACCAAGCAAGGGCAAAAGUUUACAAUAUUUAACAGGUAUGAUCAUGUAGCACCGUCUGAGAAGCUCAGAAGUCUGUCCAGACAUUCAGGACUUUGGGUGUUAAGUGUUGUGCAAAUGAAAUGUUAUUUUUUUCCAGCAGAACAACAUUAAACACUUUAGUCAUCCACAUAUUCACAGAGGAGACUUCAGCUGUAGACCAUCAAAAUUAAAUACAUUUCCUUUUUCCAGUAUGUAUAGUCAGCCUGAGCACUGAGAAACUGAGCAAAGAUGGUUUUCAAAAACUAAAAAAAUGAAAUAAAAGCAGUGAUAAUGCUGUAGAGCACUAAGCAAGUAAACCAGCUAAUAUCUAAGGGAAGCAAGACAGAAAAUCUCAGCCAAAAUCAAUAGAAGAAAUGUAAAUACAGAUCUGGGGGCCCAAGGACCAGUAGCUGCCCAUCCAUCCUUCAUAAAAAAAGAGAAUCUCUGUUGUGGUUUAAGAAAAUAGAGGGGGACAAACCAUAGGGAUGACAUUAAUCUCUAAAAGACCAGUCAAGGUCCUUUUCCAUUUUCUCUCAAAACAUAAAAAGAACAGGCACAAGCACUUAUUAAAACAACAUAUAAUGCAGAGAUCAUACUCCAGAACUACUUGCUUCAAUGAGCUUUUUUCAACUUUUUUUAAUUAUGUCCAUAGUCUCCUCCUCGGCUAAUAAUGAUGCAUGUAAGAAAUGGUCAUAAUUAUUUUGGGAGUCUGUAUUGGGCAAAUCAAAAUUAUUGCUUAUCUGAAACUUUUUAUCACUUGAUCUGAAAAAAAUUAAUUUAUCCAUCACCCCUUAAGAUACUCUGCUCCAGAGUCCCCUUUGACAGAGCACUAUGGGGGAUCUGGGGUAAGGGCCAUAAUGAGGAGACCAUAAUGAUAGUCCAGUGGAGAUCCCCAGAUAUUUUUUAACUGGUAAACUGUGCCUCUCUCUGAAUUUAUAAGUCAACAUGGUUCCUUGUAAUUUGAAUGCUUUAGAUUUCCAUGAGAAAAUAACAUGGCUUUAUAUUUGUAUGUAAAGACAUACAUCAGUGUCCCUGUGGGAAUUCUCCAUGACCUGUUUUGGAGAGGUCAUAUUUGUGCCUGUACUGCUUUAUGAUGGCGAUAAAGGGUGGAAAGUGCCCUUUUAUGGGAAACCUUCACAUGCCCUACAGUGCUCAUAGUAUCACUCAAAACACUUAACACGUAAUUUAAACAAUGGGAUUUUUAAACAGCAUUAUUUAUCCUAUAAGGGCAAGUGCAGCUGAGUCAAGUCUGACUCAUAGUGGCCAUUUACAUGGUUUUCAUAGGAAGGAAGGGUGUGGAUAUAGUUUACCAUAGCCUUCUUUUGCCUGUGUCUUUUGGGUUGCAAGCACAGGGAGAACAUGGGAACACCCACACUGGAUUUGAACCUAUGCACAAACAGGCAGCCUGGGAACUGUGAGGCACCAGCAUUACUUGCUGUGCCCCCAUAGACUAUACCCUCAACUUUUUCAAUUCAGGUGUAAAAUGCCCAGUGGAAUAUAAUUUAUUCCCAUACACUUUUAUAUUUAAAGUAUUUAUAUAUUUAUAUAUGAUGGGGAUUGUAGAUUUAGAUGGGUUUGUCAGGAAUCACAUCUUUUCACUCUUAGCUACAUAAAGUCUCUGCUCACAGACUCUUGGGCAUGUAACUGUGUCUGAGUAUUUUUUAAAGUGCUCAUAUUCACAAUAUUGUAGCACCACUCCCUUAAAGGUCAUUUCAGCUUUACGUAAUAAAUAUUCAUAUUUAAGUUCAUUUGUUGUCUAACAUCAACAGCCAGACAUUGUGUAGUCCAACAAGUGGCUGAAGAAAUAGUUUUGUAAAUAUGUAUUUAUUUAUUUUUCUAAAUCAUGA